CUUCAUUUCACAAGUUUUUUCAGCACUCAGUUAUAUAUAAUAUAACUUAUGUAUAUAUAUUUAGCUGCAUUAUGUAUUGCGAUUGAAUCAAGAUUCAGCUGCAUUAUUUAUUGCACAUAGGCAGACUCUGCACAGUCACUUAUGAAUUUGAUUGAAACUACUUCAACCUAAUAUUAGAAUAUUCCACGUUGAAUAAAACAAGUCAAUGGUAAUAUGAAAAUUAAUCCAAAAAAGGAAAGAAAAAAAAAACAAACUAAACCCAAGCAAAAUAGUAAGUCUAAAAAUAUGGUUUGUUGAAGGAUGACAUUGGCAGCAGAGGAGAAGAGGAGAAGAAGAGAACGCGUAUGAGGUGGGUGGGUGGGUGUAAUUUCUAAAACCCUGAUAAUUAAGCCAUACCAUCAAAUUAAAAUCCCACCUAAAAAACAACUAAUCAAAAAAAAAUUUAAUUAAAAAAAGCCACCCAAAAAAAAGAAGAUAAAGCAGGGGAGGAAGACACAGGAAGACAGAGAGAUGGAGAUUUAAAAGGAAAAUAGGAUCCGAAUUCAACGGCGCCUGUCUUUCUUUCUCUUUCUCUUUCUCUCUGUGUGUUGGGUUUUGUGAGGUGUUUUCUGUCUUCUCGCCGUUAUAAUCUGUUUCGCAUUUCCUGUGCGGAAAAUUCAUUUGGAAUUAAAGCAGCAAAGGUUGGUUGAAAACAGAGAGAGGCAGAAAAACAGAGACAAGUUCAAAGAAGGAGGCCGAGUUCCUCACAGGGAACGACGGUUUUCCUCUUCUUAUUUUCAUGCCGGAAUAUCAAUUCUAAGUCCCUCCAGGUUUUUCUCAAAAGCAUGGCCAAGUGAUACUAUCAUUUGAAUUGAAGAGGUUAAAUAUAUAUGCAUAUGUAGACUGCUCUACAUCCAGUGUGUCUUCUGUUAUUGCAAAGUUGGCACAUUACUUCAAGGAAGAAGUAGUUGUGUUUUUUUUGUAGAGAGGAGCUUUGUGAUGGGUGUCUGUGUUUCAAAACCUCAUGCAACUAUUAAAGCCCAGCAGAAAAGGGUCCGCAGAGUUGCCAGACGCCGGGGGAGGAAGAUGAAGAAGGUUGUCACGUCCAAUUCUGAUGCAGCUACGAGACGGUCUGUUAGUGAGUUUGUACAUCUUGACUUUGAGAAAGGUGCUGCAACUACCUGCAAGAGAUCUGAGGUUUCUAGUGGCACAUUUCACCUCACUCAGCUUCAAUGGAACCACAGUCAGAUUGAUGGAAAUGGUGGAAAAUGCCCAGGGGAAGCAUGGUUUGACUCCCUUAGUAUUAUGGAAUCUGAUUCAGAAGAUGACUUCUGCAGUGUGCAUGGAGAUGGAUUUCCUUUAGCAGGUAAUAUCCCAAAUGGUCAAUUGGUCCAGUAUGAAAGUGCGUCAUGCAUUGUAGAUAGUGGAUGCAAGUAUGAGGGGUUCUAUGAAAGUUACCUGAAAAUAGAUGGAAAUGCACGCCAUUCGGUCGAGAAAACCCAAGUCAGUUUCAAUGACAAGAACCCUAAGCAACCGGCAGUUAUCAUGCUUUCUUAUAAGAGGAAAUCCAUCGACGAAAGUGAAAAGACCGGUGCGUCUGAUCAUAAAUACUUAUUUCGCCCAAGAGCAGGACUUCGCAUUCCUUGUUCAACCGAUGAGAAGCCAAGUCCUGGAUCCUGGUCUGCAGUUCCACCUUCAGUAUUUAAGCUCCGUGGCGAGAAUUAUUUCAAAGAUAAACAGAAGUACCCUGCUCCAAACUACAGCUCAUACGUACCAAUUGGUGUUGAUUUGUUUAUCUGCCCCCGAAAGAGAGAUCACAUUGCUCAGCAUCUUGAGCUUCCUUCUGUAAAACCACAUGACAAAGUUCCUUCCCUCCUGAUUGUUAAUAUACAGUUGCCUACUUAUCCUACCACAAUGUUCCUUGGUGAUUGCGACGGGGAAGGCAUGAGUCUUGUAUUGUAUUUUAAAGUGAAUGAAAAUUUUGACAAAGAGAUAUCUGCUCAGUUUCAAGACAGCAUCAGGAAAUUUGUUGAGGACGAGACAGAAAAAGUAAAAGGGUUUGCAAAGGAUUCAGUGGUUCCUUUCAGGGAAAGGCUAAAAAUCAUGGCUGGAUUGGUCAAUCCAGAUGACCUCCAGUUGAGUUCUGCAGAAAGGAAGCUUCUAUCUGCUUAUAAUGAUAAGCCUGUGCUUUCCCGUCCUCAACACAAUUUCUACAGGGGACCUAAUUACUUUGAGAUUGACCUAGAUAUCCAUAGGUUCAGCUACAUAUCCAGGAAAGGACUUGAAUCAUUCAGAGAGCGUUUGACCAACGGCGUGCUUGAUUUGGGAUUAACAAUCCAGGCACAAAAACAAGAGGAAUUACCAGAGCAAGUCUUGUGCUGCCUGCGCUUGAAUAAGAUGGAAUUUGUGAACCAUGGUCAAAUACCUACGCUUGUAACUAUGGAUGACUGAUUUGGACGGGCACCUGGAUCCUGGAGGGUUUGCAUUUAAAAGCCUGUAAUUUUCUGGCCAAAACACCAAACAAAAGGCAUGUUUUGUAAACAUUAGGUCACUGCGACCUAUUCAAUUCAAUGGUGUCAACAUGAGAUCUGUAACCCACACUAUCAUAAAUUGGUAACAAAUCUUAUAAACAAAAAUGAGGACUUAAAGUUAUAUGUGAGAUUGCAGGUUGCUUAUUUAGGUUUUGAUAAAA